AGGUAUGUACAAGGAAGACUCCUGUUAUUCUAUUUAGUUAUCAAAAAAUUUCUGUCAAACGCCACUGUGUCUAAUAUAGACAAAAAAAAAAAAAAAUUCAACAAUGUUGUCAAAUACAAAAUCAUUAUUUCCAGUUUUUAUAUUAUUUCUACCCGGUAUUUGUUCACAAAAAUCUGUUACAUUACUUGUUGUAAUUGAAAAACCAGAUGCAACACAUUUACGUGCAUUAAACGAAAUUCUCCCAAGGUUGGAAAAAGAAACAGGAAACAAUAAUCAAUUGAAAAUUGAUGCAAAAAAAAUUGAAGUUGAUAGAGAAAAUGUAGACACAAGUUUUCAAGAAGUAUGCCAAUAUUUAUCUGGUGGUAUUACAUUAAUAUUGGAUUUUACCUGGACCGGUUGGGAUAGAUUAAAAAAAAUGGCAUUUUCCCAAGGAAUUGUUUAUAUAAGAGGUGACGUAAGCAUAAGUCCCUUUGUACAAGCAAUGGACGAUUUACUUUUUAUGAAAAACACCACAGAUUCAGCAUUAAUAUUUGAAAAUGAAAAAGAACUAAAUGAGACUUUAUAUUAUUUAAUUGGAAAUUCAAUCAUCAGACUGGUUGUUAUUGAUGAUUUUUCUCAAAAGCAAGUUGAGAAAAUAAUUAAAAUGAGACCUCUACCUUCAUAUUAUGUGAUUUAUGCAAGCACAGAAAAUAUGGCAACUUUAUUUAAAACGGCAAUUGACGGUGCAUUAGUGACAAGAAAUGGAACUUGGAAUCUUGUUUUUACUGAUUUUCGAUAUCAAAAUUUUCAAUAUUAUAAACCACAAAAUGAUAUGGAAAGAAUUGAUUUUACAGUGACAACAAUGAAUAUGAAAAAUGAGGUUUGCUGUCGGCUAUUGUCACAAACGGAUUCAAAUUCAACAUCACUCCAGUGUGAUUGUUCAAAGGAUAAAAAAAUAUCGGAAAUGUAUUUUCAACGUCUCAUUGAAUUUAUAGUAAAAGUUUUAAAAAAUAUCGAAACAGGUUCACCAAUAAAAGGAGAUUGUAAAAAUAAUAAUUCAAAACCGCCUAAAAAUAUUGUGUCCACAUUUUUGGAUCAACUCAAUGCUGAAUUAAAACAAAUGGAUAAAUUUUAUUUUGAUAGUGAAAAAUUGUUAAUAGCAUAUAAUGCAGAAAUUGAAAUAAAUAUUUUACAACAAGGUCGAGUAUCUAAUAUUGCAACAUGGACAAAAACUGAAAAAGUCAAAGCCCUACCGGAUCAACAAAUUAUUGCUGCUAAACGUUAUUUUCGAGUUGGAACGACUCCGGCAAUUCCAUGGACAGUCGAGGAUGGAGUCGAUGAAAAUGGAAAUAUCAAAUGGAAGGGUUAUUGCAUUGAUUUAAUAGCAAAAUUAGCAGAAGUCAUGGAUUUUGAAUAUGAUUUGGUAAUUCCCAAUGAUAGAGAAUUUGGUGCAAAAACGCCAAAUGGCGAAUGGACUGGCCUAGUUGGUGAUUUAGCGAAAGGGGAAACCGAUAUUGCUGUCGCAGCAUUGACAAUGACAUCGGAAAGAGAGGAAGUUAUUGAUUUUGUUGCUCCUUAUUUCGAGCAAUCUGGAAUUCUUAUUGUUAUGCGGAAACCAGAAAGAGAAACGUCACUUUUCAAAUUUAUGACUGUGUUAAGGGUGGAAGUUUGGCUUAGUAUUGUUGGCGCAUUGACACUAACGGCCAUAAUGAUAUGGUUUUUAGAUAAAUAUUCACCCUACAGUGCAAGAAACAAUAAAAAACUCUAUCCAUAUCCCUGCAGGCAAUUCACACUAAAGGAAAGCUUUUGGUUUGCUCUAACCUCAUUUACACCACAAGGAGGAGGAGAAGCACCAAAAGCUCUCUCUAGUCGAACACUAGUUGCCGCCUAUUGGUUAUUUGUUGUUUUAAUGUUGGCAACAUUCACCGCUAAUUUGGCUGCAUUUCUAACCGUCGAACGAAUGCAGUCACCAGUACAAUCUUUGGAACAAUUGGCACGACAGUCGCGUAUAAAUUAUUCAGUUCUAACAAAUUCAACAAUUUAUCAAUAUUUCAAAAAUAUGAAAAAUGCUGAAGAAAAACUUUACAAUGUUUGGAAAGAAAUAACAUUAAAUAGUACAACAGAUCAAGUUGAGUAUAGAGUAUGGGACUAUCCAAUUAAAGAACAAUAUGGCCAUAUACUACAGUCGAUACAUCAGGCGGGAUUAUUAAAUUCCACUGAGGAAGGUUUUAAAAAGGUUCUAGAGAGUAAAGACUCGUUAUUUGCUUUUAUUCACGACUCACAGGAAAUAAAGUAUAGAGUUACACUAAAUUGUUCUUUGACCGAAGUUGGAGAAGUUUUUGCCGAACAACCUUACGCAAUAGCCGUACAACAAGGUAGUCAUUUACAAGAAGAAAUAAGCAGAAAAAUAUUGGAUUUGCAAAAAGAUAGAUUUUUCGAGGGUCUCAAUUUUAAAUAUUGGAAUUCAACUCUCAAAAGGCAAUGUACCGAUGCUGAUGAUAAUGAAGGAAUCACCUUAGAAAGUUUAGGUGGAGUUUUCAUAGCAACAUUAAUUGGAUUGGCACUGGCAAUGCUCACAUUGGCCGUGGAAGUAUUGUACAAUAAAAAGAAAAACAAAACACAAGAUUUAAUGCAAAAAGAAAGUAAAGAAUUUCAAUUGACAGAGAAAGCAAUGAGGCAAUUUAUGAAAAAAUUACCCUUCAAAGCAGCGCCAACAGUUGCAUUUGUUGAAAAACCACCACCACCAAAACCACGAAUUUCACAUAUUUCAGUUUAUCCACGACCAUUUCCUUUUAAAGAAUAAUUUCUCAUAUACAAAAAAAAAAAAAAAAAAUCUUUAUAAAUAUAAAUUUACAUUAUAGAUAUGAAAAAAUUUUCUACUCUAUUUUCUAAAAAAUAAAUCUUCGAAAAUAAAUUAAAUAGUAAAUUUUUGCAAAUAAAAAGAAAAAAAAUAUAAUAAUAUUAAAUUAUAGUCAAAUUGUAGCAUAAAAUUUCUACAUUGUAGUGUUCAAAGAAUGUGUGUUAUUAUUAAGUUAAAAAUUAUUGUUGCCUCUUUUUUUUUAGUAUCAUUUU